AUGCCCCCGCCGCGAGGGAACUCCCGCGUCGCGCGGUCCGCGUUCGCGAGGCUCCGCGCGCGCGAGCUCGAACGCGCGAAUCCCGGGGACAAAAUCUUCUCCGCGAUCCCCGGUCGGCUCGCGACGCCCGUGGAGUCGCUCCUGGACGGCACGUCGUCGCUUCUGCGCUGCGUCGUCCUCGGCUUCACCGCGGACGGCGACCACCUCCUGUCGUACGCCUCCUCCGACGGCGAGCACUCGCUUCAAGUCUGGGGGUUUCGACUCGGCGAGCCCGCGACGUUGAUCGCGACGACGCCGCUGUUUCAGACCGCGGAGUCGCCGGGGAGCGACCGCCUCGGCCGCGGCGACGACGGGGAGAGCGCGCUGCUCGGCGACGUCGGCUUCGAAGACUCCACGUCGUCGCUUCGAAUCACCGCGUGCGAAUCCCCGGACGCGAGCGUGCUCGUGAUACACGGCGAACCCACCGCGGAGAGGGAGUUCGGGAGCAGCGAAGCGCCGAUGGCGCGGCGGUGUUUCAUCACCGCGAUGCCGUCGCCGUGCGCGCGGGGGCGCGCGGCGGCGGCGGCGGCGUGGGGGGGGAGGCGUCGGGGGGAUGGCGACGGGGAUCGGGAUUCUGAUUCGGACGCGUCUUCGCGGAGGACGUCGUGGGCGACGGCGGCGACGCACGCGAGUUAUCUGAGCACGUCCGCGGCGCCGUUCGCGCCCGCCGUCGCGGGGGUGAUAGCCGCGGAGGAGAUCAUCGAGGAGGGCGACAGCGACUACGAGGAGGAGGAGGAGGAGGGCGGCGGCGAAAGUCCUCAAGGAACGGCGUUCACAUCGCGAACGGGCUCGUAUGGGAACCAGUCUGCUUCGCUCACCUCUGACGCGAUGGACGCGACGGACGCGGGCGGGUUGGGGUCCGGAGGGUCGGGCGCGUCCGGGGACGAGAACGUCGACGCGAACCGCCGCGGGCGCGGCGGUUUCGCGAGCCCGGACCCCGACGCGUUCAAGCCGCCGGUCGCGCGGUACGCGCGACGGUUCGGGAAACGAACCGGCGUGUCCGCGGCCGCAUCCCCGCCGCCCGCGGUCGGACGACGGACGCGGCGGCGACGCGCGUGGUACGUCGUCGUCAACGCCGGCGACUCCCUCCUCGGCGUGCGGUUGGUCCCUCGGACGGUCGCGGCGGACGCGCGGCGCGAGGAGUUCCUGUCGUUCUCUCCGGGUCCGAUCGCGCCGGUGCGAUGGACCGACGCGAACGCGAACGCGGCGGCGGCGGCGGUCGAUCGCCGCCGCGUCGUGGACAUGCGCGCGUGGACGGCGCUCGAGUCCGACGCGGUGCUCUCCAAAGCGCUCGCGGCGACGCUGCGCCUGGGGUACUCGAUCGUGGACUACGAGCUGCACGUGCUCUCCGUGGCGCACGCCGCGGACGUCGACGCCGCGCCGUCCGUCGUCGCCGUCGUCGUCAGCGUGCUGCAAGCGCGAGGCGAACGGCGUCAGAUGGAGCAGCGCGCGUUCGCGGCCGCGGCGUGCGCGCCGUCGACGCCGUGGCGCAUCGUCGCGUCCGUUGUGGAGUGCCCGCUCGCGGCGUUCCCGCCGCCGCCGCCGCGACUGCUGUACAGCGUCGAGGUGGAUCAGUCCGGCGCCGGCGCGAGCGCGCGCGCGAAGAGCGCGCAUCACGGGUCCGCGGGCGUCGCCGCGAGCGCGAGAGCGAUCGCGAUCGCGCGCGCGCGGCUCACGGCGUUUCGUCGCGCCGCUCACGUCCCGACGCGCCGCGCGAUGCGGUGCGCGUCCGUGUCGUCGAACGCGAACGUCGCGAACGGCGGCGCGAGCGUCCCGGUGAUUCUGCAUCCGACGAUGCCGCUGUGCGUGUUGGGGUACGGCAGAAGCGCGCGGGCGCGGGGGAGAGGGGACGACGACGACGAUUGA